GCGACACCGGCAGCGUUAGGUAACUGGCGCCUGCGCAGAUGCCGCAGCUGGGAGCCGGGCUGGGACUCCCGUGCGCUCUGGUCCUCCGUGCCGGCGACGCGGCUCCCGCGCUCCGCUCCGCGCGAGUCUCUUCCGUCGGGUCCGAGGCCCCGCUCCGCCAUGAGCCGGUGCGCCGAGGCGGCGGCCGUGGCGGCCACGGUGCCGGGCGCGGGCGUGGGGAACGCGGGGAUGCGGCCGCAGAUGGUGCCCCGCCAGGCGUCCUUCUUCCCACCGCCCGUGCCCAACCCCUUCGUGCAGCACACGCGCAUGGGCGCGGCGAGGCGCAUCCAGACUUUCUUCCUUGGAAUUGUCCUGCUUCCGGUUCGUGCCUUACUGCUUGGCUUAGUUUUAUUACUGGCAUGGCCAUUUGCUGCGAUUUCAACAGCGUGCUGUCCUGAUAAGCUGACCCAUCCAAUAACUGGUUGGAGGAGGAAGGUUACUCAGCCAGUGCUGAGGUUUCUGGGCCGGGCCAUGUUCUUUUCCAUGGGCUUCUCAGUGACCGUGAGAGGGAAGAUCGCAAGCCCCGUGGAGGCCCCGAUUUUUGUGGUGGCCCCUCACUCCACGUUCUUCGAUGGGAUUGCCUGCGUCGCCGCUGGCUUACCUUCCAUGGUUUCUCGAAAUGAGAAUGUGCAGGUGCCUCUGAUUGGCAGACUGUUACGGGCUCUGCAGCCAGUGUUGGUAUCCCGCGUAGACCCAGAUUCCCGAAAAAACACAAUAAAUGAAAUCAUAAGGCGAGCAACGUCAGGAGGGGAAUGGCCCCAGAUACUAGUUUUCCCAGAAGGUACUUGUACUAAUCGCUCCUGUUUGAUUACUUUUAAACCAGGCGCCUUCAUCCCAGGAGUCCCGGUGCAGCCCGUCCUCCUCCGGUACCCCAACAAGCUGGACACGGUGACGUGGACAUGGCAAGGAUAUACGUUCUUUCAGCUGUGUGUGCUCACCUUCUGCCAGCCCUUCACAAGGGUGGAAGUUGAGUUUAUGCCUGUUCAAACACCGAAUGACGAAGAAAAAAGAGAUCCUGUCCUUUAUGCUGGUAGAGUCCGGAAUUUGAUGGCAGAAGCUCUGGGAAUCCCCGUGACCGAUCACACCUAUGAAGACUGCAGACUGAUGAUCUCGGCCGGGCAGCUCACCCUGCCUAUGGAAGCCGGGCUGGUGGAAUUUACCAAAAUCAGCCGGAAAUUGAAACUGGACUGGGACGGCAUCCGGAAGCACUUGGAUGAAUAUGCGUCUAUUGCGAGCGCCUCCAAAGGAGGAAGGAUUGGAAUCGAGGAGUUUGCCGAGUAUUUGAAGCUGCCCGUGUCUGAUGUGCUGCGACAGCUGUUCGCACUCUUCGACAGGAACCACGACGGCAGCAUCGACUUCCGGGAGUACGUGAUCGGCCUGGCUGUGCUGUGCAACCCCGCCAACACGGAGGAGAUCAUCCAGGUGGCCUUUAAGCUCUUUGAUCUUGAUGAGGAUGGCUACAUCUCAGAGGAAGAGUUUUCCACCAUUCUGCAGGCUUCCCUCGGGGUGCCUGACCUCGACGGCUCUGGUCUCUUCAAGGAGAUAGCCCAGGGGGACUCUGUGUCCUAUGAGGAAUUUAAAAGCUUUGCCCUAAAGCACCCGGAAUACGCGAGGAUCUUUACGACGUACUUGGAACUGCAGGCCGGCCACGUGUUUUCCUUACCGGAGGCGGGCCCGGCAGCGCCCUCCACGGCCAGUAAUAAAGUCAGUCCUGAAAGCCACGCCGAGAGCCCCUCAGACAAGAAAGAUGACUGAGAGCACGCAUUCCCGGCACAGAGGGCGGAGCGGCUUUUCCCUGAGAUCGGGACGGCGUGGAUCAGUCGUAUCAUAAAUAUGAUUUAUUGAGUCAUGGUGAUGUAUAAACUGGAAAACUUUGUCCUGGCUGAGUGGCUCUGUUGGUUGACCAUCCUCCCAUGCACCAAAGGAUUUCAGGGCACAUACCUAGGUUGUGGGUUCAAUCCCGGGUUGGGGCGCGUGCAGGGGUGGGCAACUGAUCUGUUUCUCUCUCAUAUCAAUCUCUCUCUCUCUCUCCCUCCCUUUCUCUCUCUCAAAUCAAUAAAAACAUGUCCUCGGGUGAGAAUUAAAUUUUUAAAAAUUUUAAAUGGAAAGGUUUUUUAUAAAAAUGAUAGAUUUUAUUAAGAUGCUUUCAUUCACAUGUGUAGGUCAAGUAACAUGUUUUUUCCUGCCAUAUUGUACUGUACUGAUUGGUUUACUGGUGAUGAGCAUGUUUUUGCAGAUUUUCCCAUUGAGUUUGCACAUCCAAAUGAAUGGAGUGCGCUGCCUUCCUGGAGCGUAUUAAUCAACACGGUAAAGAGUUUUCUAAGGGAAAAAGUACUAUUUUGUCAUCUCUAGUCCCCUUCCUCUCUGGAAAUAAGAAUGAAGAGUCUGAGGAAGAGUGCAGAAUGUUUUACCUUUAAUUUUACAGAUUACUCCCCCCGCCCCCCAUUUCCAGUUUCUUGGAUCAGUGACUGUGGUUGGAUUAGCAAGGAGAACUCUCUUAAUUAGAUGAGGCUCUUAAAAAUCCCUGUUCUCUUUCGCCUGCACCCCUAAACCACCUGCUGAGGGAAAUCAGACCCUUUUGCACCAUCUGCUGAUGUAGACCUUUAUUUCACUGGCAACAGCCAUGGCCACGGGCUAAGUGGGAAUUGCCUUAUUGAAGGGAACAUUGAUUGCCUAAUGAGAAAAUGAAUUGUGUGCCACAGAGUUUAGUUUAAUUUGAGCUGGACAGUUUAGAAUGUAGCUCUUGCCCAGUAAAUGAAUCCGAUUUCUUCUACUGAUAUGAUAUUAGGAUUCAUAACGUUACCAUCCAAGUGGGAGUUUUAUUUUUUAUAUGUCCACUCGAGUUUUAGAACUUGUCUGAGGUGUCUACAGUACCGGGAAAACACCGGGUUCUAAGGCGUCGCCGAAAGCUAGGGACUGCAAAGACCUAGCAGGCCCACAUUCAGCCCCCAGGCAGGAACCUAACAGUGAUGUGUAUCCUUCAGGUUAACCCAGUGGUCAGCAAACUGUGGCUCUCGAGCCACAUGUGGCUCUUUGGCCCCUUGAGUGUGGCUCUUCCACAAAAUACCAUGGCCUAGGCGAGUCUAUUUUGAAGAAGUAGUGUUAGAAGAAGUUUAAGUUUAAAAAAUUUGGCUCUCAAGAGAGAUUUCAAUCGUUGUACCGUUGAUAUUUGGCUCUGUUGACUAAGGAGUUUGCCGACCACUGGGUUAACCAAUAACUUCCCUCUCGUGCCAUUUUUAUUGGAUGUCAUGCAUGUACACAUAUUGGUUUAUGUUGGAAAUUUUGAACAGAGAACCAAUUUUUUUAAUAUAAUGCAUCAAAAUUAGUUGGUUCAGAUUCUGAAUUUAGUCUUUGCAUUUAAACCCGUUGUUUUGCUUAUGUGUCUGAAUAGCAUGGUGAGUCACCCCCUGGCCAGUGUGCUACGAAGGCCAUUUUGAAGUGGAAAGUCUCAGGAGAGAGGUGUUGGCAUUUACAUUUAAUCAAGAGUCAUGACUUUAAACUAGUUCUACAUACUAAGCACUUGCAUAUUCUAAUUUAAUGAGUAAAUGUGUAUUUGAAUAAUUGCUUACUAGGAACUUUGUCAGAGUAUAUAUAUAAUUGUUUGCUUUUUAUGUAUCUUAAAGCUACUUAGACAAAAAGCAUUGAAUGAACUGGAAACAAUUGCUGAAGGAAUUAUAAAAGUCUAGGUUUCCAAUAGUGUUUGUCAUCUGCAAUUGAAUGUAUGUAAUACUCAGGUACCGUGACUAUAUUUUUUAUCAUAGAAAAGGCACAUGUUAAUCCUACUGGUCAUGAAAAAAAGUAUCAUUGAAAAUUAAAAGCUUUCUAUGAGGCUCUUGGAAGUGACCCGUUGUCUGCCUGUUUUAAAAUAACAUUGUAUGCCCUUUAAUUCCACUUCUGCCAAUGUAAUAUUCCUAUUUUAUUACGUUACUGAACAAACAGAACUGCUACCUAAAAUCGUGGCCAUUAAAAAAUUAUGGUUUUGCUCUUUUUGUCUCAAAUAUAAUAGGCCUUUUUAAUAUUGUGGUUUGAA